CACAAGUCCACCUUAGCUGCCAUCAACAAUGACGACAUUCAGCUGCUCACAAUGGGCACUUAUUGCGGAGCGUCUACUCCCAUUGGACAGGCUUCAACGCCAGGCCAUUGACAAAGACCUGCACCUUGUCCAUGUCGCCGGGCCACGGAGACGCGCCACGCCCGAAAUACGCGCUGAGCGUGACAGCAUUCGCGGCUUCCUCAGGCUCAUGAUGACCUGCCGCGAGCUGUACCACGACCUCCCCUUCGCCGUGCCCAAGUGGUGCCUCAGUGACAACUUCAAGUUCAUCUUUCGGUGUCAUGGCGUGAUAGACUGGCCACCUGAGUUUGCCAAGGAUUCGGGGCUCCCGCACGAGCAAGCAUGGCUAGACGACCGGUUCCUCGCUCUGUCGUGGCUUGGCGUAAACUGGAGCAAGUCUUGCUGUGUAUUCGAACGGACCAAGUUCCACUCCUGCUUCAGAGCCAAGGCCCAGACCUGCGUCAAAGUGCUGACUUACUCGCCCGUUGGAUUACUUCACGAAUACGCCCAAGCGUUCAAGAGAGACGCGAACACUGCCCGCAGCAGGAGCGGAACCGCCACAAGCGUCACGUCUGCGCUAGCAGCCGACCCCUCGUCAUCAACAACAACGACAACAGUGGCAACACCAACUACAACGGCAGCCACAGCGACUGCAGGAGCGGAAGCAACAACAACUACGGCAACAGCAGCAACCGUUCGCAGCACUCGCAGAAUCCACACGCCUCCACGUGCAGCACUGCUUCAACUGUGCAUCACCAUUGAGAGCAUGGUUGAACUGACACAGUUCAUGCAGCUUCUCAUGGACAUGCAACGCUGCGCCGUUCGCAUCAUGUGCAAGGUUAAGAUCCAGUUCAGGUCAGGCCACCCCACAACUAUUCGAGACCUGUCGUUCUUUGACCUGCACCACAUUACCCUCCACUCCAGCGACGUUGAGCUGGUGAACGUGCGGUUUUACGGUGUGCACGAGGUACAGUGGUUUGCAUGCGGGCAUCAGCGACUUGACACCGUUGAGUUUGUUCGCGCGCACAAGGUGCUGCUGAGCCAGCCCCCAACCACAGGCAUCCCCGUCAACACGGAGGCGCUCCGCGGGGUGCCAUAUGUUGUGCUGUGGGGAGUGGUGCCGAGCGAUCUUGGGCCACUGCGAAGAGCGACAGGCGUCAGCUUGCGCGACACGUACGCUCACGACGUACCCUCGCUACGUGAUGUGCGCAUACUCGCCCUGGACAAAUGCCAGCUGGACGAGCUUCCGGCACUCACGCUGAACAGCGAGGUCGUUUUGCUGACCGACCAAAACCACAUCGGUGCACUCACGCUGCCCGCUGCUUCUCGCGUUCGGGUGGACAGGUGUCCCCUGCGCGCCAUUACCGUUGGGCAACAGGCGCCGUCACUAGGACCAGACAGCACCCGCACCCACCGCCUCCCAAACCAGCAUCCGGGCACUAUUCACGUGACUGACGUGCACAUCAGCAACUGCCAACUCCUCGAGAGCCUCACCGUGCACGACAACGGCAGCACCACAUCCAACCGUGCUUGUCAAGUCUACAUCGCAGGCGCAUCAGCGCUGCGGCGCCUCAAGCUGAUGCCGCGGACCGAGCUGACAACAGCGGGGUGCGCGCAGUUCCCUCUUCAGUGCUUGCAGUCCACCCCCAUGCAUACGAUGCGUCUUGCGGUGGCGAGCACACUGGCCAGGCUUCAGUCGCUGCCAGACGACGCGAAUGUGCUCCUGGGCUGCUGUCAGGGGUGCGCCAUCAGCGCUGGUGAUGCAGCACUUCAACCUCGCUACGACACCAGCACCAACGUCAAUACCACGACCAGCACCGCGCCGCCGUUCAGCGGGAGCACCGAAGCCGCCGGGUCUUCGGCUGCACGCGGCACCACUUCCACCAGAGCACAGCUGCCGCCGUGCGUGAAGCAGAUCGACAUGAUGACGAUCACUGGGCCCACCACGCCCGCACAGCUGCAAGCGUUUCAUGCACAAGCAUCCACAAACCCGUCUGUGGCGCACGGCGUCUACUACGAAGCCAACUUACUUUGGAUCGGCGAGGAGCGUCCUGCGCGCGUUUGUGGUGAUGCGAGCGAAGGCGCCAAGCUGACUGAGCCCGUUGCUGAGGUUGCAGACAACAACAGCACCGCCGAUCGCCCCAGCGUUUUGAAUGCGGAGUCGCUGAGCAAGCUCAAGGAGAGGGCUCGUGCAGCCAGAGCAAGAGCAAGGACCGAGGCCCCACAAAUGUACAUCACCCGCAAAGGCCACAACAACCACAUCAACCAUGUAAGGUUUUACCAUUCCAGGAACUACUUCUGCUACAACAACAACAAUAACAGCAGCAGCAGCAGCACCAGCAGCACCGCCAGCAGCACCAGCUCCAGCACCAGCACCAACACUAGCACCAGCACCAGCACCAGCACCAGCAGUGCAGCUGCAACCACUUUGGCCCAGUUCGGUGGCAUCUUUGCCGACAGCAGCAGCACAGUUGCAAUACCGCCAGUGGUACCGAUUCCUGAUGACCCGAUUGGACUGGAAGCUCUGCACGUCCCGGACAGCGGAAGCACGAGCAGCAGCACCAGCCCAAGCUCUUGGCUGGUGGACUUGCGGCCCAAGCACAUGCACGACGGCCGCACCACCACCACCACCGCCAGCACCAGCACCACCACCACCACCACCGCCAGCACCAGCACCACCACCACCACCACCGCCAGCACCAGCACCACCACCACCACCAGCACCACCACCGCCAGCAUCAGCAGCAGUAGCAGCGGUGGCAUAGACCUGUUGCCUGGGUCUGAUCCACUCGCGUCGCUGCCACGUGUGGAUCCCCUUGCUCCGGACGCAUGCAGCACGCUCGUAUCAGAGAUAGAGAGUGAGCGGAACAACGACGCUGCAUGGGACGCCAUGGUGGCGGUGCCUGAAGACAACGAUUUGGCGAUGCUGCUGCCACAGUGGAACAUCGACGUGAAUGCUGUUGACUCCAUGGUGUUGGGCGAUGACGGGAUGGCGCCGCACACGAUGCACGAGGCCGCCAGCUUGCACGAAGCCGUCAGCACCACCAGCAGCGACACACAGGGCUCGCCCCCGCCGGCCGGGCCUGCCUGUAGUCCUGUCCAGAAGACCUCAAAGGACACAGGCCUCGAGGCACUUGGCGACGAGCACGAUGACACUGCAGUGCCCUCACUCGCCACCACCCCACACUGCGACAGUGCUGACGCUGGCAGUGGUGGCAAUCUGCAAGUUACACGUGAUGGUGGCGCCCUUGUGGCCAGCGAUGACCGUGCCCGUGGCUGUGAGGGCCGUGGGGAGAAAUGCGGUGAGGGCGAUGCUGUAGGUGUUGAAGGCGAAGGAGUCCUGGGCAAGAGCGAGGCAGAGGAUAUGGCGAGCAGCCACAGCAACGUCGUAUUUGUUGAUGCCCAAGCCAGUGGAGCAGUGACAUCCAAGCGCCCGAGAUGGUACCGGCUGUUGACGCGGAUGGUCCUGCGGAACGCACAGCUUGACCGGCAGUUUCGAGGGUUCGAGGCGUUCUCGCGCCUGGCCAGGGUCGAGCUUGUGUCCUGCACGCUCAACCAUGCUGUCAUCAGCAACAUCGCCGACGUUGGCAUCUACAUGUGCACUGGCAUCGCCUCCGUGCGCGGUGUGAAGAAGCUCGUCGCCAACAGCCUGCGCCUGACUUUCCAGAGCCUCGAGGACAUUGCCGAGGCAUACAUCGUGGCCAGCUCAGAGACAUACAUUGGGCACACGGCCAACGUUGCCAAGUGCGAUAUUGACCUGCGUGGCCUGCGCAGGUUUUUGCAGAGGCAGACGAGAGAGACAUUGCAGGUACCGCUGCUUGAGCGCGCGCGUGCGCUGGACGGCAUCGCCUGCCUCCACCUCACGUGGUCCUACCUGAAAAAAGACCCAGACCGGCCCUACGACGCAGUGUUGCAGAUGACAAAGCAGCGGUGGCCGAAGACGCUGCGCGAACGCUUUCUGUUGUACCGGCAGAUUGUGCAGGAUAUGAAGGAAAAGCGCCAAGAGCACCCCCGCAUGCUUGAAUUGAGACUCGAGCGCACAUAGUGGUGCGGACCGGCAGAGGCAGGGACACAAGGAGUGACAUGAGGGGGCGGUCAUGAAGUCGUGGGAGGCUGGUGGUUGGUGGUUGGUAGCUCAACAACGCC